CGUAGCCAGUUUUACGAAGUCCUUUUGGAAUAUUCAGAAUGAAAAGAAAUUUGUCGUUGUUUUUGUUUAGUGGUUGUGUGAACUAAUUUCAAUUUUUUUGUUCGCGGUUUGGUGACAGCUUUGUUCUGAACUCUGGCCUACAACGAGUUACAAAAUUGUUUUAUUCUGGUAUUCCGACAUUAGCGUAGUUAUAGACUCUUAUUAUCUUAUAGUUACUUAGUUGUGCUGGUCGACCGCGUCUUCGACCGUGCUCUACGUGACAGUUAUCCGCACAAAAGUGAUCGAAGAGCUGCAGCGGAACGGAUUGCAAAUUUGGUAUUGACUAGAAGAAGACAAUUUUCUAUACCUGCAGCGAUGACAUCGGGAUCCCGGACCGUUCUUGUGACUGGUGGAGCGGGAUAUAUUGCUAGCCACUGCAUUGUGGAGCUGCUGAACGAAGGAUACCAAGUGGUGGCUGUGGAUAAUUUUGCCAAUGCUGUGGAAGAUCCUCAGGCUUCGGGAUUCCCAGAGAGUCUGAAGCGGGUUGAGCAAAUCACUGGGAAGAAAUGCAUUUUUCAUAAGGCUGACAUGAACGACACUCAAGCUUUGAAUGCAAUCUUUCAAAAGCAUGAAAUUUAUUGCAUUAUUCAUUGCGCUGCCUUGAAAGCGGUGGGAGAAUCGGUGCAGAAACCAUUGGAAUAUUAUAAGAGCAACGUUGGAGGAUCGAUCAAUCUCUUAAUGGUUGCUAGAAAUGCGGGAGUCAAGCGUUUCGUCUUUUCCAGUUCAGCAACAGUUUACGGAAAUCCUCAGUAUCUCCCGAUUGAUGAGAAACAUCCGGUUGGUGUAGGAAUAACGAAUCCUUAUGGGCAGACGAAGUAUAUGGUGGAAGUCAUACUUCAGGAUUUGCACAAGUCUGAUGCAGCUUGGGACAUAAUCUUGCUGCGGUAUUUUAAUCCAGUAGGAUCGCACGAAUCGGGAAGAAUAGGCGAAGAUCCCCAGGGUCCUCCAAACAACCUUAUGCCGUUCGUUGCGCAGGUCGCAGUUGGCCGACAACCGGAAUUGAAAGUUUUUGGAUCGGAUUACGAUACAAAGGAUGGAACGGGUGUGAGAGACUAUAUCCACGUUGUGGACUUGGCCAAAGGCCAUGUGGCUGCUCUGAAAAAGUUCGAAAAAUCGUUUGGACUGAAGGUUUACAAUUUGGGAACUGGUCAGGGAUAUUCCGUUCUGGAAAUGGUCGAGGCUUUCAAAAAAGCUUCCGGUCGAGAUAUACAGUAUCGAAAGGUCGAUAGAAGAGGAGGAGAUGUUCCAACUGUAUACGGUUCCGCAGCGUUGGCGGAGAAAGAACUAAACUGGAAAUGCGAAAAAGGAUUGGAUGAUAUGUGUCGAGAUCUGUGGCGUUGGCAGGAGCAAAAUCCAAAGGGAUUCGCAAACAAGUGAACGAGAGUGGAAAGAGAAAGUGACCACUUGAGCCGUGUCUCGUGUCUUUUAGUGCCCUGACUGGGUUAAAUCAACAGCUCAUUCUCUCACAAUGAAGGGGAAAUAUUCAAGGCUGGCCAGCAUUGUUCUUCUGCAAACCGGAUGAUUAACUUGCCUUUUUCACACUCCGAUGAGAGAUCAAAUUUAAUCAGCAUUCCCUGUUGUCGUCGUCUCCAUAAUUUAUGUGUUCCUUCCAGAAAUUAUCUUCCUUGUUGAUAACGAAGUUUUUUAUCGCGAAUAUUGUUAAUGAUUGAUUAUACUGAACUUUGUGCCCUGAUGUUCUAUAUUUUUCUAAAUUGCUUCGGCCUUCCCGGUGUUUGCCUUUUUGUGUAGUGCACUGUAUAACCAUUUGGAAAAGUGUUGUUUUUGCUGAACUCGGCAAGUCUCCAUCGUUUCUGGCUGUCUAACUCGGCGCAGUCAAUGCGCCAGCGCAAGCUGUGUUGACUUUUACUGGGGCGUGGAGAAAAGUGCAGUAAAACGAUUAAAGUC